AGAGCCACAUGCCAUGUCAUUCAACAGUAAGACGUUCAAGCUGUCUGGGUCAGAAGAAAAAUGUAGAGUCAGACAGGAAAGUUCAGACAGGACCGACAUCAAUUAGUUGUGAUGAAUGUGGUAAAAGAUUUAACAUAAAAACAAAUUUAAAAACACACAUGAGAGUCCACACAGGAGAGAAACCAUUUGUCUGUGAUGUUUGUGGACACAGAUUUAGACAAAAAACUCAUUUUAACUCACAUAUGAGAAUCCACACGGGACAGAAACCAUUUAAAUGUGAGAUUUGUGGACAGAUAUUUAGCUGGAAGACAAGUUUAAACUCACACAUGAGAGUCCACACUGGACAGAAACUGUUUAAAUGUGAGAUUUGUGGACAAAGACUUGGAUUUAGCCAGAAGACUAGUUUCAAAUCACACAUGAGUGUCCACACUGGACAAAAAACAUUUGAAUGUGAGGACUGUGGAGGAAGAUUUAGCCAGAAGACCAGUUUAGACAAACAUAUGACAGUUCACACAGGACAGAAACCAUUUGAAUGUGAGCUUUGUGGGCAAAGAUUUAGCAGAAAGACAAAUUUAAACAGACACUUGAGAGUGCACACUGGCCAGAGACCAUUUGAAUGUGACAAUUGUGGGCAAACAUUUAGCCACAAAUCAAGUUUAAACACGCACAUGAGAGUUCACACAGGACAGAAACCGUUUGAAUGUGACAAUUGUGGACAAAGAUUUAGCCACAAAUCAAGUUUAAACACGCACAUGAGAGUUCACACAGGACAGAAACCUUUUCAAUGUGAGAUUUGCGGACAGAGAUUUAGCCAGAAAACUAAUUUAAACCAACACAUGAGAGUCCACACGGGACAAAAACUGUUUAAAUGUGAGCUUUGUGGACAAAGAUUUACUCGGAAGUCAAGUUUAAACUCACACAUGAGAGUCCACACAGGACAGUAA